AUGGCCUCGCCAUUGUCGCCUCUCCAGCACGCGACGCUCAACAACGACAACAUUCCUAACCAGCCAACACCCGCGUUUGACGAUUACGACGUCGUCCACGUCUCCUCCGUGACCACGACACACAUUCUCGCCGACAAGGCCACGACCGCGUCAUCCACCAACCAGCUCCCUCCCUUUGUCUUUCCCUCCCCGACCAAAGACAUUGUCAACAACACCGACGUCGACUUCGACAUGGCCACCAUGGACACGUCGGCGAACAGCUCGCCGUUUAUGAACUCGGUCAUCCACACCGAGCCCGCACACCACGACAACAGCCAACACAACAGCAGCAGCCAAGAGAACGUGUCGCCGCACCCGAACUCCAACUCGAGCCCCAGUCACAACAGCAUGCACAACAACAACAACAUCAACAACAACACGAAGCCCGUCCCACCGCCCGUCAUUACAUCCACAGCACCGCCGCCCACAAUGUCAGGUCGGCAAGGCCGGCCCGGCUCGCGCAUUAUGUCGGGCAGCGAGUUGUCGCCCCUUAAGAUUCUCCAGGGGCGCGUUGCCGUCGGGCCCCCCUCGUCGUCUGCCACCAGCACCGCAACCAUGGGCAGCCCUGCCUCGCCCGACAGUGGCGCCGAAAGCCGUCGCGACACUGCUGACGACCAGGCCUCCUCGGCCGCCUCUUCGCCGCCCCCGACCUAUCCGCCGUCCUCGCGUAGAAUGUCGUCGUCCUCCAACCAGAUGCUGCCUCCCGCACUCCCCCUAGGCCGCACACCGCGCAAGUUCACUGGCCCCGAGAAGCGGUUCCCUGUUAAGAUCAGCGUGCCUCCUGUGGCCUCGGCUGCCGUAUCGGUUGGGUCGGUCGCGUCGUCGGGCACUGCCUCGCCCGUCGGUCCUAGAUCGCCCAUGCAACAGCCGGCCCAACUAGCCCAGCUAGCCCAUCAUGCCCCGCAACCCGUCGCCUCGCAGCUGAGCCAGCCGGCGCCGGAGUCGCCGUCGCAGCCGGGCCAGGCCAUGUUUGCCAGCAUCCAACAGCAACAGAAGUCGCUGCACGGCCGCCAGAUGAGUCUCGAUGAGGCUAUCCAGCUGAACGAGGGCCUCAAGCAAGCCAUUGAGAUCUUUGAAGACGAGACGAGCGUCAUUGAAAACGAUGCGGCAAGUAGCAGCCACGGAAGCGGGCACAGCGAGGAUGGAAACACACAAAAGCAGCGCACACCGCACCCGCCGCAGAGACGGCGGGACAGCUUUGCCAACACCAGCAGCCCGCGGAACUCACCGGCUCCUGAAGAGGGUGGUGUGGCCGGUAUGGACGACACCAUGGCCAGCACAUUCAGCACCUUCUCGGCCGUUCCCAACGCGGCGAUGAUGUCCCGUCUCAGCCGUGGCAACAGCACCCACGGAAGCAACAGCCCCAGCAAGCCGCCGCCUCCGCAUAACGGUUUCGGCCACCACACGGCGGCGCGGUCAAGGUCCGGGUCCAUGUCUGGCCCCAGUGGACCAACGUCGUCUGUCGCGCGCACACCUCGCGCCAACGGCACCACCAACGGCACUGGUCACGGCACCGCCAACCAUGGCGGUCCUGCCCCGAACCGCAACGGACACUACGAGCCCGGAAACACGGCGAGCCUGCUGAUGGACUUUACCGAGCAGCUCCGCAUGGCACAUAACGCACAGCUGUCGCCCUCCAAGGAACGCUUCGGUCCUCAGCUUACUGCGAACGGCACGGGCGCCACCGACCAUGCCAGCGCGACUUCUGCGACGCCGCAGCGCAAGAGCCUGGUCAACCUCCUCGACUUUGAGAUCCCGCCCAUGCCAACGCCGCGCAGCAUCCCGACCGUCACGCCACGCGAACUGGAGAGCCUCAAGUCCAACUUCUUGUCUGAAAUCAGCAGCCUCAAGGCGACUCUUAGUGGCAAGGAGGCCGAGGUGCUGGCCCUCAAGACUGCCGUGGGCGACGCCGAGAAGCGCGUCGGCGAGUGUAUGGAGCAGCUGCGCGAGGAGCGCGGCGCGCGUGACCUGCUGUCCGAGGAGAAGGGCCAGUGGGAGCGCCGCGGCCGUGAGAUGGAGGAGGUGCUGCGUAAAGUCAAGGGCGAGAUUGUCAUGGGUCACCGCGACCGCGAUGAGCUCGAGGCCAAGCUCGACGAGUCCGACAAGCGCCGCGAAGCCGCUGAGAUGAUGGCUCAGGAGGCCGAAACCAAGAUGGCAGCGAUGCGCGCAGGACGGGCGACCGGCAGCCCUGGCGGCUCAACUUCGUCGGCGGCUGGGUCUGGUGGCUCGGGCACCGUGCAGCGUGAAGUGGAGAUUGCAGUCGAGCGUGUCGCGCGUGAGCUGCACGUGGCCUACAAGGCCAAGCACGAGGCCAAGGUGGCGGCGCUCAAGAAGAGCUACGAGGCGCGCUGGGAGAAGCGGGUGCACGAGCUCGAGACGGUCGCCGAGGCGCUGGCGCAGGAGAACGACAAGCUGCGCAUCGGCCGCGACGCCACACUAUCCAAGGUGGUGCCUGGCGAAGAGGAGCGCCGCGCCGAGGAAGAGCGGCGUGAGCGCGAGGCGCGCGACGCGACGCAGAUCAAGGAGUUGGGCGCCGAGGUCAACAAGCUCGAGGCGGUCCUGCGCUCGGUCAAGGCUGACAACGCCGAACUGCGCACGCUGCUGGAGCAGGAGCGCGUCGAAAAGGGCGAGCUCGUCAGCCUGGCGGAGGAGAUGAUGUCCAUGCAGCAGAGCUUUAUUGCCUCGUCGUCCGCCGCACCGCCGGCGCCCGCGGCGGCGGCCACGCCUGCUACGGCCAGACGGCAGUCAACCGUCGCCAGCUCGGGCUACGGCCAGUCCAUGUCACCUCGCAAGCCCAAGACGCCCGCCCCUGCCAGCCGGACAUCCAUGUCGGGUAUCAGCCGACCGCCGAGCAGCACCGGCCACCGCAACAGCAUGGCCAUGGACGGCGCCGCCUCGAACAUCGCCUCGAACAUUGCCUCGACUGCUACGACGCCCGCCCGCACGCGCCCCAUGAGCAUGCACGGUACCGGCGGUCGCGUGUCGGGCCUCAAGCCGCCCAGCAGCUCGACCAUGUCGACGGGCGGUGUGCCGAGCCGGAUUGGUCGGAUCGGCCAUGAUCGGAAAAUGAGCGGUUCGGCGGGCAGCCUACCGCGGCCUCCAAGCGGUCUGGGAACGCGAAGUGGUCUGAUGAGUUCGAUUGAGAAGAUGGGCAACCGCGGACGGGAGUAA